CCGCGUUUGAGGGCGCUCAGUUCUUUCCAGCAAUGGUGGCACUUCCUAAAGUCCCGAAAUGCCAGCUAGAAGAUCACUGAAAUUGGAUGAUCUGUUUGUGAAAAAGUCAUUUAGUCCUUCAAAAUGCAGAAGGAAGAAAAGUAUUACAACUUAUUCUCCAACAACUGGAACUUAUCAAAUGAGCCCAUUUUCUUCUUCUAUAACCCCCAAAGAACAAGAGUGCGGAAACGGACCAUCAAAUGGAAAGACAAAGCAGAAUAGCCUCAGCUCACCUGCGAGAGAGGAAUCCACAGCAAAAGACAGCGAUGAAUUCAUAGUGUUGCUAUCCAAAAUUGAGAGAUCAGCAGAAAACAUCAUGGAGAUAAUGAAGAAUUUAAGUAGUAUACAGGCUUUGAAGAACAACAGAAGACUUGAAGAUCUCAUUGGUGUUUCCCUGGUCCCAUGUUCCUUAAAAAAUGAAGUAGAGAAAACUAUAACACUAAUGACAAAAGCAGCAGAACAAAAGCUGUUUGAUAAGAAGAAUUCAAGAAUUCCCCCCCAAAGAACAUCAUCUUGAGUUUCAAAUCCCUUAAAGCCAUUUUGAACUGAGUGUUACAAGUCUGACAACUGUGUCAAUCUACAUGAGUGUUAGUAAGAAUGCAACCCUGCCUGACAUGAAGAGUCAGUGAAAGCAGACUGUUAAGUUUGAAAACCACCUUCUCAGACAGGAAACGGAUUAUCUAUGGAUAAGUAGGAAAAAAUAAAAGAGUUCAUUGUGCACUGACUGCCUUUUUAUGCAAAAAUCUGUGUGUAUGUCUGUAUGUGCGUGAGCCCAUCGUCCCCCUGACCAAGACGGGGUUCUUGUUCACCAAUGUACACACCAACUCAGCUGGCCUGGGAGCUCCCCGUGAGUGGUGGGAGCACAGACGUGUGCUGCUGCCUCCGGCUUUAUAUGGGUCCUAGCGACCCGAAUGCAGGUUCGCACACUGAGCCACUGUCCAUGACCUCUGAUGGUGAACACAGGAGGGAAAGAGCCACAUGCCUGCAAGAAGGCUUGUUUCUUCAGUCGCCAAUAUCUUCCCUGACUCAGUGCUCCCAAUAGAGUCCAAAUAGGAUCCUCUGUCACCACCAGGAGUCCCCAGCAGGACACACUGAGUAGGAAUCUGUCACAGUCACCACACACACCCUUCUUGGCAGCUGUUGAAGGAAGCACCUGCUGGAAGUCCCUUAAGGCAUGUAGACAAAGGCAUCUAAAUUGUGUUUUCAGUGGGUCAUGCUGGAGUAUCAAAAUUCUCUCAAAAGUAUUUCUCAUAUUUCCCCAUGCAAAAUAAAAAGCGCUGUCAGAACAGCCAAACUAAUUUGUGAAGGUGAAUC